CAGUUUUAGGGCAAAUGUGAAGGACAGGACUAAUGAUGUUGAAGGAUGAGCAGAAGACCAGCUGAAGAAACUGCCUCAGAAGAUGGAGAUACAAAAACCUGUCAUCAUUUCAGUGGGAUAAUCCUCGCCUAACGCUUCCUACCUGUUUCCACAAGAGGUGUCUCGGCCCGAGGUUCUGGUGAGAUUCAGCCUGCGACACCACCUGGGAAGAGGCGAGAUCAGGCAAGGAUGAAGAAAUUCAAAGGGGGUCUGUGCCUGGUGCUGAAGAUGAUGGAGUGGUUUUCUCCAGCGUUAGAGUAGCGCUCAGAGAAGCAGCAGCUGCGGCGGCAGGUGCAAAGAAUGCCUCAGUUUGGUUAACAGGGACAACCGGGAGAGAAGAGAGCACCUUUAAUCCUGCAGCCCGAGGAGGACAGGUGGAGAUAAAAGGGAUUGGAUCCCACCCAGCUCCCUCUCUUUGACUUACUCAAAUGCAACUCAGCCAGUAAACAAUCUGCAAGGGGCCGCCUUUCUGCACGGACCCUGCAUCUGGAGGCGUUGCCGAUAGCAUGAGUGUUGGACGGAUAAACGGCUACAGCAUUGUGUCAUCCGAGGAAGAGGGCCUCCGCCUCUCUACCAUGCAUGGCAUGAACGGCUUUGGCAAUGGCAAGAUCCACACACGGCGCAAGUGCCGCAACCGUUUUGUCAAAAAGAAUGGCCAGUGCAAUGUGCAGUUUGCCAAUAUGGAAGAUAAGUCGCAGCGCUACAUGGCCGACAUCUUCACCACAUGUGUCGAUAUUCGAUGGCGAUGGAUGCUGGUCGUCUUCACUCUUGUGUUUGUUCUCUCCUGGCUUGCCUUUGGUUUAGCCUUUUGGGUCAUUGCUCUGCUUCAUGGAGAUCUGGACAACCCCGCUGGAGAUGACAACUUCACUCCAUGUGUCCUACAGGUCAAUGGAUUUGUGGCAGCCUUUCUGUUCUCCAUUGAAACACAGUCUACCAUAGGGUAUGGCUAUCGCUGUGUCACUGAAGAGUGCCCGAUGGCUGUCUUCAUGGUGGUCUUCCAGUCCAUAAUGGGCUGCAUCAUUGACUGCUUCAUGAUUGGCGCAAUCAUGGCCAAGAUGGCCCGGCCUAAGAAGCGAGCACAGACACUGUUGUUUAGCCACAAUGCUCUCAUUGCCAUGCGGGAUGGAAAGCUGUGCCUCAUGUGGAGGGUAGGAAACCUCCGCAAAAGUCACAUUGUAGAGGCCCAUGUCAGGGCACAGCUGAUCAAACCUCGGAUCACUGAUGAGGGGGAAUACAUUCCUCUGGACCAGAUAGACAUCAAUGUGGGAUUUGAUAAAGGCCUGGAUAGGAUUUUCUUGGUUUCACCCAUCACUAUUCUCCAUGAGAUAGAUGAGGAGAGCCCCCUAUUUGGAAUCAGCAAACAGGACUUGGAGACAGCGGACUUUGAGAUUGUCGUCAUCUUGGAGGGGAUGGUUGAAGCGACGGCAAUGACCACGCAGGCUCGCAGCUCCUACUUGGCCUCGGAAGUUCUUUGGGGUCACCGUUUCGAGCCUGUCUUGUUUGAGGAGAAGAACGUGUACAAGGUGGAUUACUCUCACUUUCACAAAACCUACGAGGUGCCGUCCACCCCCCGCUGCAGUGCCAAGGAAAUGGUGGAGAACAAGUUCUUAGUCCCCAGCACAAACUCGUUCUGCUAUGAAAACGAGCUUGCCUUCCUAAGCCGCGAUGAUGAGGAAGAGGAAGUAGGUGGUAGUAGCAGGCCGCUGGCGAACCUCAGUCCAGACAGAAACAGCCGACAUGAGUUUGAACGCUUACAGGCCACCAGGGCGCUGGAUCAAAGGUCGUAUCGAAGAGAGUCGGAAAUAUGACCCAUACCCAUUGACCUUGGCUCAACUUUAACCAAGGGUAAAAAUGCAGAACAAUGCAAAGUGCCAUAGGAAAAGCUGAAUGCUGGAAAAGAAAUAUGGUGACACUAAAAGGUACUUAACUGGAAGACAUGGGGGAAAUCAGAAGCACGCAGAUAAGACAAUUGUGGUAAUGAAUGUCUACAAUCAAGGAAGAGGCUAGGAGAAGACCUUCUUCCUGAAUGGAAACUUGAAUCUUUUUUCACAUGGUCACUUUGAGUUGAGCGUGUUCAAUGAACAAAAACUAUUACGACGUAACCAAAUAAUCAAACCUUAGGUGUAAAUAAAUCGCUUAGGUAAGUUAUGUUUUGUGUGCAGUAUCAUCGGUUCUAUAAACCCCUCUCAAAAGUACAUUAUUUGAACUUCUUCUUGGGCACGAAUAAAGGUGUAACAAGGUUUCUUUAAAGCUCUCCUCACAUUGCUGUAGUUUGCUUGAUGUGUGUUCAAUGACACAAAUAAGUGCAUUGCAGCUUUUAGAUGCAAUGAGCCGUGAUAGAAAAAACAGAGCCACUGAGGAAAACAUAAUUCAAACACUUCAUUAGUAUCAGUGCGGUUCCAAAAAUCGACCUAUGUAGGGAGAGUGGGGCUCUAUUGAUUGCACUAUGAAGAACAUAAGAGUAUGUUGGACAGAACUGAAAUUGUAUAGAGAUCAACUCUAUAAAUAACCUGUCAAAGCCUCAUAUCUUAAAAACAACAAGCCACCAACACCAUGACCGGCUGCACUGGUUUGCACAAACGCUGUCAUGUACAAUCAUUAGUAAUCAGGUCAAACUAAACUAAAGCACAAAUGGUAGGACAGUCGUCUUAAAUACACAUUUUGUAGAUCACAAAAUAUAUUUUUGCAAGAAAAGAUUGCAAAACCAAGUUUAUGAAAUAGCGGCAAUUUGUAACCCAACGAAGCAAUGCGCCAUCAAAGGUCAUUUUACUAUUAAAAUAUGAAAAUGUUGGUAGUUAUUUCCAGUUUUCUUUCAUUACAUAUGGAAAUCAGACCGUAACAAACUGGCAUAGAUCGAUUACAAUGAAUGGUUUUGUCCUCCUUAAAAAGGAAUCUAUGCAUAUAGUUAACAGUAUCAGGGGCCAGAAAUCCUUUAGGGUUUAGUGUGGAAUUAAAUCAAGUUAUUACAUUAAAUCCAUUUAUUACGUUUAGCCUGAAAUUAAAAGAAAACUCUAUUUCUAAGAAUAGCUGUUGUGUUUAUCAAAAUCUAUUUAUAGUCCAAACGUGUUAGCCAGCAUUAGUUUGCCCUACAUUUCUAUUCACUUGAAAUCAUCAGUGGUUGAAUUUAAAUGCUCUUUAUAUUGUUUCUUUACCUGGGUUAUAGAUGAUGACAAAAUAUUAUUGAAAUAUAUUAUAACAAAUAUAUCGUAUAAGGGAUUAAAUGAAUGUGAGCGAGACUACGUUUGGCUAAAAACCUGUUAUCACUGUCAUUGCUUUCAAAUUAGAUUAACUUUAGCAACAGUUAAACACAAAUAUGUUACUCUUAUAUUAUUAAUGUAAUUUGGCGAGAAGUUGCCAAGACGUUAAUGCGAUGACACUGGACCAAGGUCUGAAUGGAAGCAAUAACACUAAGCACAACUGUCUGAAUUCAUUUCAUUUAUUGUAAUUCACUGAACAUGAAUGUGCAUAUUUUUGAUUCUCAGAUAACAAUUUUAAGGCAUGGCGUUAGGAGAAUGAUCCUGCAUUCUUUCGUUUUUAUUGUACUUGUAUGCAUAUGAUUUCUCAGAUAUGAUACCAAAGUAAAGAGUGUAGCUUAGACUUACGUUUUGAAAUGAUUGUUCCCAAGGUUUUCUUCCAAAAACUGUUCAGACUGAUCUUGAAAAAUGGAUAGUUAUAUAUUCCAAAAAGCUCUUUGAGUGUCCACUUUAAAGCUGUUAGGAAAUUCUGAAAGAUAUGGCAUUAGUUCAAGCAAAUCCCGGUUUAAUUUCAAGUCAAAACCGGAUCAAUUAAACAUUUAAGUUGUAGAUAUAUAUUCAAUCAUCAGCUAUAACUAUGUAGUUUAAGAGAAACAACUAUAAUGCAUGACAACUUUUUUUCUUGGCAUUUAAAAAUGAUCCCUUAUUCUAUAUGCCAAGUCAGAAUUCUACAGGUUUACGGACAGGUUUAUUAGUUUCUGUUUAUCAAGUCCAGUUUAUCUAAUACCUCAUGCCCCUGUGGAACACUUUCAUUUAACUGAUUAAAGAUUACUAAUGAGUAAAGAAGGGAAUCUAUAGGAAAUGGUGAAAAACACAGAGAACCAAACAAUGGUUGUUAUGUUGGUCACAAUGACUAAUAUUUUCUUUAUAGUCAUUUAACCCGGUAUUCUUGACUCUAUGUUAUAUGUUGCUUUUUUUUUUAGAAGAUUGUGGGAUGUAGUAAAAUAUAAAGAGCAUUUUUUGGCUAAUAAGUGAGUGUUCUUUACCCAUCCUUAAACAUGUAUUGUGCUCAUUGCCUUCUGAGAAGGUAAGAAACACUGAUGUGUGAAGACUGCACCUCCUCAGUGGUCAAAACAAAAAGCAUUUUAACUGAAUAAUUCUUUCCAAGAUUGUUUUUGCUUUGAUGUUGCCCACCUGAGCCCUUAAAUAAAAGAAACACACACAUGUUUUAGCUAAAUAUAAAGGUUUAUAGUGUAAAAAGCGUAGUCAAAAUAUAACAUGUAUUAGGGAGCAGCCAGGCUGAACAAACCUGAUUAUUUUUAUACAAAAUUCUUUUUGAUAGAGUACAGCAAUCAAUGUGUAUCUGUGUAUAUCAGAGUACUACAAUGAAAUCUCUACUGAGAGACAAAAAUAUGAUUCUUCUCUCACCUUUCAAUAAUUUAAUUUCUGCCAUGAUUAAACAGGUAUUUCUCUUAAAGGGAUGAUUGGAAAAACCUUUGACCUCUGUAGAAGUCUUCCUAUGUCUACUGGGCUUUUGAUUUGAAUUCAAAGUCAUUUAAAUUAUUCAAUUAAAA